ACAUUAUUGUUAAUUAUACGGCAUGUCCCAAAAAAUGGAGUGCUUACAUAAUUCGUUUAAAUUUCAUUACACUAUUUAAACAUCUUUAUUGUGGAUAUCAGAAGUUCCUGUAAAUAUAUUGCUAACCUUAAACUCUGAAUUUUAAUUUUUACACUGUAAUAUUCGAAUUCACAAUAAUGCGAAGUCGCAGCAACUCAGGGGUCCGGCUGGACUAUUAUCAACGUGUGGUUCACAAGAUAAUUAUGAACCAUCAAAACCCAGUGACGGGUCUUUUCCCAGCAAGUCCAGAAAACAAUCACGCUUGGAUCAGAGAUAAUGUGUACUGCAUAUUAGCUGUUUGGGGUCUAUCUAUGGCUUAUAAAAAAAUAGCAGAUGCCGAUGAGGAUAGGGCAAAAACUUAUGAGCUAGAGCAAAGUUGUGUUAAGUUGAUGCGCGGCUUACUAAUGGCCAUGAUGCAGCAAAAAGAUAAAGUGGAAAAGUUUAAGACCACUCAAAAUCCACACGAUGCAUUGCACGCUAAAUACAGUUCAGUGAAUGGACAAACUGUUAUCGGAGAUGCUGAUUGGGGACAUCUUCAAGUUGAUGCUAUUUCUCUUUACCUUCUAAUAUUAGCCCAGAUGACUGCCUCUGGAUUACAAAUUGUUUUCAAUUUAGACGAAGUAGCCUUCAUACAGAAUUUGGUGUUUUAUAUUGAGUCUGCUUACUGCACCCCAGAUUAUGGAAUUUGGGAGCGAGGUGAUAAAACUAAUCAUGGAUUGCCAGAGCUCAACGCCAGUAGUAUAGGGAUGGCUAAGGCUGCUUUGGAAGCUAUGAAUGAAUUAGAUUUGUUCGGUGCUCGGGGUGGUCCAACAUCAGUAAUACAUGUAUUAGCCGAUGAAGCCCAAAAGUGUCAAGCUGUGUUACAGUCUAUGUUACCUAGAGAGUCAAAUUCCAAGGAACUCGAUAGUGGAUUACUCUCAAUUAUUAGCUUCCCAGCUUUUGCUGUUGAUGAACCAAAUCUUAUUGAACUUACCAGAAAUGCUAUAACAAAAAAGUUGCAAGGAAAGUAUGGCUGUAAGAGAUUUUUGAGAGACGGUCAUAGAACUCCUAAAGAAGAUCCCAAUCGGUUGUAUUAUGAACCUUGGGAGCUCCGUAUGUUUGAAAACAUAGAAUGCGAGUGGCCUUUAUUCUUCUGCUAUUUAAUUCUUGAUUUCUGCUUUCAAGGCAAUAAAGAAGCGGUUGCAAAAUAUACAGAACAUCUUGAAGAGAUUAUGAUCAAAACAGAUGAUGGUAUGAGAUUGGUUCCAGAAUUAUAUGCUGUACCAGCUGAUAAAGUUUCAGCGGAAUAUGCUGAUCCUGGUAGCCAGCAGAGAGAAGCGCUCGGUAGAUGUCCCUUCAUGUGGGCACAAUCAUUGUACAUUUUGGGAAAACUUCUGCAAGAGGGUUUUUUGGCUGUUGGAGAAUUAGAUCCAUUAAACAGACGUUUGUGUAGUGAGAAGAAGCCAGAUGUUGUUGUGCAAGUGGUAAUACUUGCCGAAGAUGCUGACAUUCGAGAAAAGAUUGCCCAGCAUGAUAUUCAUGUUCAGACCAUUGCCGAAGUAGCACCCAUCGAAGUACAACCAGCAAAAGUGCUCAGCCAUUUGUACACUUAUUUAGGACGUAACAAAAAAUUGGGCUUAUCUGGAAGGAACUCGAGAGAUGUUGGCAUUCUUAGCACAAGCAAGUUGUAUUCUCUCCAUGACAAAAUAUUCGCUUUUACACCACAGUUGACGGACAUGACUCGCUUCUACAUCGCAUCGGACUAUGAGCUCAUGAUUGACAUAUUCAAAGGUGAAAUAAAUUUCUUGAAGUCUAGCUGGCAGAACAUGUUAGGCCGGCCGCUGGUGGUGAUGCCACUCAAGAACGCUCACUUAGACCAGGGGAAAAUCCCUUUGGCAAUGAUUACAACAAUGAAGAAAUUGAAGAGUGGUUACAUCAAUGGGACCAGAGUAUCCCUGGGCAAUCUGAAUGAGUUCUUGAGUACUUCUUGCAUCACCAAUUUAAGUUUCUUAGGUAGUUCAGAAGAAGGAAGACCGGACAAAUUAAAUCCCCAGAUUCAACAAUAUCUGGAGGAUCACUUGCUACGUGCCUUUCCUCAACGUUCGGGUCUUCUUAAUCGUCCCGUUGCUCGAACUGGUCGAAAUCUUAGACGUAAAAUGUCGGUUAAGGGUGCUAUAAAAAAAACGAGAUCUAUAGCUGUAGAACUUGGAGUUCCUAAUUGUCUACAAGAGCCUGAAAUUCUCGGGAUGUCUGGAGAAGAUCGCAGGGUUUCUGUAGCUUACACAUCUAAUCCAUUUAUCGAAAUAACGGACACCACGGUAUCAACGCAGCCCUCUCCUAAUUUGUUACAACCAGCUCGGACUCCAUCUCCGACCGAUGAUCUGUUGCCGUGGAAGCAAACUCCAAAAUCUCACAGGCAUAGAUUAGCAUCCGAAACACAGUACGCCGAUACAGAAGUUGAAGAGUUAUUAGCAAUGCUGCGAGAAACUGAAAGUUUGGAGGAACAGGGAGACAUCCUGCAAUAUUUGGUAGACUCUCAAGGGCUGCUCUAUGACACAGGCAUGCUCGAAGAAGGUCGCCCUGUUACAGUCAAAGAUUUGCUAAAAGGAUUGUACCAAAAAGCCUGUCAACAAAAAAUGUGGGGUAUUGUAAGACAUACAGCUGGCAUGUUAGGAAAGCGUGUUGAGGAUUUAGCAAAAGCUGUAACUGAUUUGUUAGUUCGCCAAAAACAAGUGACAGUUGGGAUGCCUCCUUCGCACGAACAUACCAUUGUAGCUCCUUUACCAGAAAACGAAUUGAGGUCUUUGAUCCAUCAAGCAUAUGGCGACGACGAAUCUACUGCCAUGUUAACCCAAGAGCUACUCGUUUAUCUGGCCAUGUUCAUCAGAACGGAACCUCAAUUAUUUCAUGAAAUGCUGAGACUGCGGGUUGGUUUAAUUAUUCAAGUUAUGGCUACUGAACUUUCCCGAACAUUAAUUUGUACAGGAGAAGAAGCCUCUGAGCAUCUGUUAAACUUGUCGCCAUUUGAGAUGAAGAAUUUGCUUCAUCAUAUCAUGAGUGGAAAGGAAUUUGCGAUAAGUAGCGUGGGUCGUGGAAAUUUCUCCGUCAUUAGCUGCAAAUCAGGCAGAGUUAGCCGGAAAUCCCAAAUUGGCAGUUUCUUGGGGGUUGACCAAACUGAUGGUGGAGAAUUAGAACCUGAUCGACAAGGUCAGUGGUUACGCAGGCGUAGGCUGGACGGAGCUUUGAAUAGGGUGCCCAGGGAUUUCUACCCUCGAGUAUGGGGAGUACUUGAAAGAUGUCAAGGGUUGGCUAUCGAAGGUAGAGUUCUUCCUCAGAAUUUAACUCAGGAGAUGACAUCGGGCGAGCUUAAAUUCGCACUAGCUGUUGAGACUGUUCUCAACACUAUUCCACAACCCGAGUACAGGCAACUAGUGGUAGAAGCUCUAAUGGUUCUCACAUUAGUCACAGAAUAUAACGUUGUAUCUUCACUAGGUGGAUUAAUUGCCGUUGAACAUUUAGUGCACAAGGCGAACGCGAUAUUUUUAGAGGAUCAGAUGAAAGUCAACGGAGAUGCGACUCUUUGUUGCGCUAAACCAAAGGAACAUCGUGAAACUACAGCAAUGGGUGGUUUACUCUGUGGCGGUGCUGCUUACGUUUGUCAACACUUUUACGACAGUGCUCCAAGUGGUAGUUAUGGAACCAUGACAUAUAUUACAAGGGCAAUAGCUGCAUUACUUAAUUGUUUACCUAAGGAUGGCGACCUAGAAUGUUCAAUAGCAUAGAGUUCUUGAAUAGUCAUUUGUCAGGCCUUUGGUCAACAUGUGCCAAAGGCUAAAAGAUAUUUCACCUCUGCAAAAAGAUGUAGUGAUAUUGUAAUAAUACUUAUUCAUCACUGUACAAUAAGUUUUAUGCUAAUAUUUUUAAACAGUCGUGCUUCUGGAUGUCAAAGUGACGGAGAUCGACCAACAGGAGUUUAUGAAUUGUGUAAGAUAUCUGGUAAAAUCAUUUGAUUUGUUUUUAUCAGAUUACAACACAGGUCUUUAGGCAUACUGUUGAUGCACUUAUUGAUACUUGAUAGCAAGUAAGAUUAACUAUAUUGUUGCUAUUUUCAGCUUGCAGUUUGCUAAGCUUUGUUAUCAAUAUUUCGAGUUGAACAUCAGCUCAAAAAACGUUGUUGAAGCGCUAGUAAUGUAUUAUACCCCUAUCCCCAGCCCUAGUAAUGUAUUAUACCAACAACAAGAACAACAACAAUAAUAAUAUUAGAAGGAAAAUUA